AUGCCAACACCAGCUCCAUCCUGGCACCAGCUCCAUGCAGACACCAGCUCCAUGCCAACACCAGCUCCAUCCUGGCACCAGCUCCAUGCAGACACCAGCUCCAUCCUGGCACCAGCUCUAUGCCGACACCAGCUCCAUGCCAACACCAGCUCCAUGCAGACACCAGCUCCAUGCCAACACCACCUCCAUCCUGACACCAGCUCCAUGCCAACACCAGCUCCAUCCUGGCACCAGCUCCAUGCUGACACCAGCUCCAUCCUGGCACCAGCUCCAUGCCAACACCAGCUCCAUCCUGGCACCAGCUCCAUGCAGACACCAGCUCCAUCCUGGCACCAGCUCCAUGCCAACACCAGCUCCAUGCCGACACCAGCUCCAUGCAGACACCAGCUCCAUCCUGGCACCACCUCCAUCCUGGCACCACCUUCAUCCUGGCACCAGCUCCAUGCCGACACCAGCUCCAUCCUGGCGCCAGCUCCAUGCCGACACCAGCUCCAUGCUGAUCCCAGCUCAAUGCUGACACCAGCUCCAUCCUGGCACCCCUCCAUGCCAACACCAGCUCCAUGUCAACACCAGCUCCAUGCUGGCACCAGCUCCAUCCUGUCACACCAGCUCCAUCCUGGCACCAGCUCCAUGCCGACACCACCUCCAUCCUGGCACCAGCUCCAUCCUGGCUCCAGCACCAAGCACCAAGCACCAAGCACCCAGCACCCAGCACCAACAAGAGCCUACACCAAACGUAGGCCAGCUGAGUAG